GCGCUGCCCGGGCGCGGAAGCCGCCUCAGAGCGGGGCAGCCGGCGCCGGGCAGCGCUGCGCCCUCCCGGGCGGGCGGUGAGCCGGGACCAUGUCCUCCCCGCGGCGCUUCUUCUGCGGCUACUUCUGCCUCGCCAGCAGCGCGGCUGCCCGCCGGUCCCUGCUGCUCUGCCAGCGGGCGGCGGGGCUGUCCUCCGCCCUGCCGGGGCUGUCGCUGCUCGGCGACAGUCGCCGCCGCCUCCUCGCCCUCCGCGGGCUGAGCCCCGCCAGCGGCUCCGCGGCGGCAGGGCAGGGGGUGGCGGCGGACGGCGGGUUCCGUCCGUCGCGGGUGGCGGUGGUGGUGAAAACGACGCGGUACGAGUUCGAGCAGCAGCGGUACCGCUACGCUGGGCUCUCCGAGGAGGACCUCAAGCAGCUGCUUGCCUUAAAGGGAUCUAACUAUGCUGGUCUGCUGGAGCGGCAUCGCAUUCAUACAAAAAAUGUGGAGCAUCUUGUAGACAGUUUACGGAACGAGAGGAUAGAAGUUCGCCUUGUUAAACGUCGAGAAUAUAAUGAAGAGACAGUUCGGUGGGCAGAUGCAGUUAUAUCAGCAGGAGGUGAUGGUACAAUGUUGUUGGCUGCCAGUAAGGUCUUUGAUAAAUCUAAACCCGUUAUUGGAGUAAAUACUGAUCCUGAAAGAUCGGAAGGUCACCUCUGCUUGCCUGUGAGAUACACACACUCAUUUCCUGAAGCACUACAGAAGCUUUAUCGUGGUGAGUUCAGGUGGCAAUGGCGGCAAAGAAUCCGAUUGUAUCUUGAAGGAACUGGCAUUAAUCCAAUCCCUGUAGAUUUACAUGAACAACAGCUAAGCCAAGAGCAACACAGCAGGGCUCACGUAAAUGAAAGAUUCCAGGAUCAAAGAUCUGACGUUUCUGGUCCACAUCUUUUACCAGUGAGAGCCCUCAAUGAAGUCUUCAUUGGGGAAUCUCUUUCAUCAAGGGAGAACUUUAAGUCCUGCAAACCCAGUUUUAAAUUCUCGCUUCAUAGGGCCUCCUAUUAUGAGAUAUCAGUUGAUGAUGGUCCUUGGGAAAAACAGAAGAGUUCAGGACUUAAUGUGUGUACUGGAACAGGAUCGAAAGCAUGGUCCUAUAAUAUUAACAAGAUAGCACAACAAGCUGUUGAAGAGAUCCUUAAUAUUGCAAAAAAGCAAGGAAGUUUGAAUAUGCCAUUGGACUCAGAACUAGUACAGAAAGUAACAAAUGAUUACAAUGAGUCCUUGGUCUACAGUCCAGAAGAGCCAAAGAUGUUUUUCAGUGUUCGAGAACCUAUUGUAAACAGAGUUUUCUCAAGUAGCCGGCAGCGUGGCUUCUCUUCAAAGGUCUGUGUCCGUUCCCGCUGUUGGGAUGCGUGUAUGGUUAUAGAUGGAGGAACAUCUUUUGAGUUCAAUGAUGGGGCGAUAGCUUCAAUAGUGAUUGAUACAGAGGACGCACUGUGCACUGUUCUGCUGGAAGAAUGAAGGACACUAGUGUAUUCUGCUGAAACAACUUUGCAUCCAGAGAGGGAACUCCUGGGGAUAGACAGCACAUCAUAAUGCUGCAUUAUGUUGGAAGUCAACCUUUCUGGAUACAAGAGUAUUUGGAGGAAGUUUGAGAUGCUUUUCAUUCCUUUGGGUUGGGCAAACAUUAGCCUGAUUUUUAGUUCUUUUUGCAUCUGGUGUGAAAGAAAUGUAUCUGAAGUCACACCACUAACCUCAGUGAAAACUGACAUUGUUACUUGUAAGGCAAACAUGAAAGAAUAUACUUUUAAACAUAGGUAGAUGAGUUCAAGUAUUAAGUCAGUAGCAUUAAGUAUCCAGAUGUAAAUUUUUUUAGUAACAGUCUGGGACUGAUGAAACUAAACACAUUCAUACAUAUACUUUUAUAGAAAAGUUGACUGUCAAUCUAGCAAUUUGAUGCAAGGAUAUAUAGAUUUUGGUAAUUUAGAAAUAGCAAAUAAAAGCUUAAAACAGUUUGUCCCUGCCCAUGGCAGGGGGGUUGGAAGAAGAUGAUCUUCAGGUCCUUUCCAAUCCUAACUAUUCUAUGAUUCUAUGAUCCUAUGAUAAAUCCUGAUGUUGAUGUAAUAGAAAUGGAAAUACAGACUUUUUAUAUACUUUUCAAAAAUUUUUACAACUUUGUAGUUUCUUACAACUUGUGACUUCUUUUUUUUUCUCUUCCAAUAUUUUUUCUACUUUGUAGAUUCACAUCAGAAGUAAAAAUCAGGUUUAAUCAUGUCUUGAAUAAGGUAUCUCUUUUCUUUUGGCUACAGAGGGAACUGAAACCUAAGGGCUUUAUUAAGCCCUUUCAUAAAAAUACAUAAACUCUAAGAAGUACCUUGAAGUAAGGUAUACUCUUUCACUGAAUAGAUUAGCUGGCUAGUGGGUGUUCAGUCACAGUGUGUUCAGUAGUGUAUGUAGGUGGCUAUAAUUAAAAAAGAUAUUUGGCCUUAUUAAGUUGAAUGGUUUGGAAUUGAAGAAGAAUGAGAUGUACUGAGCACUAGUAGUUGAAGCACAAGCUCAUAUGUAUAUGUACCCAGUUUUCCAGGUAUGGGUUUUUAAAUUUCCCAGAAAGUUUAAAUUUCCAGUCCUAUGCGGAAUUUUACUGUUACUUAAUUGGCAACAAAUUAAUUUCAAUUUAUAUGCCUCUGAUCAUGAGAUAGGUAAGCAGGCAAUAGUAAAAAAGCUCAAAUAGAAGCGGAAGUGACUUUAGAUAAUGUUUUAGAGAAACUGUGAACUAUGACUGCCUUUGAAAGUCUGUGCUGCUAAUUGCAUAGAUAAGGGGGGCAGAAUUUGAUGAAGAUUCCUACACAGGAACUCUUCUGCUACAUGACUUGAAACAAAUUUAUUUGUUCUAUCUACUACCAGUCUAGUUCCAAAUGUGAGUUUUCUAACUACUUUUGAAUAAAGAGACUUCUGUAACAGAUGUUCUCAGGGCUAAUGGAAAUGUUCUCCAGUGGGGCCAGUAUUUAUUGCCGAACAAAAUGUAAACUGAUCUUUAUAGGUAAAGAAAUUGGAUAGAGUGAUUUUUUUUUCCUUCUACUGUUUUAAGCAUUUGUAUUCACUCUAAACCAGAAUUUAAAGAAAAUUGAUUUGACCAGACCAUUCAAUUUUAGGAAAUUGUGACAUUGAUGGAGCUUUUUGAGUAAGCUAUCACUGUUUGUGUACGUUUCACCUUUUAAGUGUGCUACAGAUUGAGUUAUUUACACUAUCUGCUGGAGUUAUCACAAUUGCAGACCAGAAGGGGAAAAUCAAAGUAGCCAAACAACUCUUUCAUAACUUUGUAAGUUCACGAACUAUCAGAAUAAAGCUCUUUAAUGCCUAAAUUACUGCAAAACUGGUCUAAAUGUAAAGAUGCAAAAGACUAAUCUUUUACAAAGUUGUCUAUACAGAGACUAGGGUGUUUCAGUUAUUCCUAACCCAUCUGUAACAACUUAAGGAUGGUUUAUGUGCCUCUGUCUAGUACACUAGUCAAUAUACUGUUAAGACUCAACACCCCCCUCCAAUGCCAUUGUGUUGAAAGUCAUAAAUUAAUGACAUUUAUGACCUUCUAGGACUUUACCAGUGUUAGAUCAGAGGGUUAGGUAUUGAAAGUGUACUGAAAUACCUCCAUAGACAAAUUCAUGGCAGAGACCUUUUUUAGAGACAUUUGUGUGCUUUAACAUAUUAAUGGAAAUUGAUUAGUCUGAUCAAGGUGUAUAUGUUCAGACUUAAUGAUGCCUGUCAUUCCUUGUUACGAAUGCUGAGACUAAAAGACAAUGUUUUCAGACCCUGCAGACUCUAAGUAUGAUCUGUUUAGGGCUUAGCAAGAGAUUCAGAGUCAGACUCCUAAUUUACAUAGCAAAAUGCAAACCUGCCCUACUCAUGAGUGGCCUCUACUGGUUUUGGCUAUGUUUAAUUGCACUUCUGUUGAAGCAUUUACUGGUGAAUGCUUGAUUUAAGUAACCACGACAAUUCAGAGAUCUAUAAUAGAUAAACAGUAAGCAGCUACCUUUUUUAUUAAAGAAUUGUAGAAUCCUCUUUAAGGUUCCUUUAUUACAAAGGAUUUGCAGUACAGACACCUUACAGUAUUCUGUGACAGGACUGAGUGUUGGUUUAACACUGAUUUAAUCUGCCUGGACUGGCAGUGAAUUCUACACCUUUUCUACCUGCAGAAUCAGAUACAUGGUCUUUUCAUUUAGUGCCAGUCCAUGAUGUGUUCUGCUAAACUACACCUGUCAUUCUUUGCUUUUUUUUUUUUAAAAGUGGUGUUUAUGCAUUAUGUAACAAAAAAAUAAAAACAUCAUAGAUGCA